AUGAUCACUAAUGAAAAAACUGAUUCAAAUGAACAUAGUUUACCAAAAAUACGAAGAAAAACAGAUUUUACCAUACUCUGUUUAACAUUCAUUCUUGUCUAUACAUCUUACAAUGCUGUAACAAAUUUGCAAUCGAGUAUUCAUACGGACAAUACUAUUGGCUAUCAUUCAUUAGCAAUUAUAUCUGGAUGUUCUAUCUUAUCAUGUCUUAUCUUUACAAACCCUCUCAUUUUCAUAGGUGGAUAUAAAUGGACGAUUGUAUUAGCUCAAUUCGGUUUUCUAAUAUAUAUCGCCGCUAAUAUGUAUCCUAAAGUAUGGCUCAUGCAUCCAGCUUCGGUUUUCUGUGGUUUAUUUCGAGCUGGUUUUUGGACGGCACUCAGUGCUUAUAUUACUGAUUUAGGUACCAGCAAACAAGCUGGACCUAUAACAGAUGCUGUCAUUAACAAAUAUUUUGGAAUCUUCUUUUCAGCAUUUCAAACUAGUCAAAUUUGGGGAAAUUUAGUGGCGUAUAUUCUCUAUGGCAUUUUUAUGGGAUUAAUUUUCAUUUCAAUUGUUCUUGUUAUUAUAAUGCUCGAUCAAAAACGUAAAUGGAAAAGUAUUGUACUAUUAAAAUUAAUUCUAGUUUUAGCUUAUGAUGCCCAUAUGUUUGUAGACGCUACACCAAAACAUUUAUUGAUCGAUUCUCGACACUUUAUUGUCUCAACAUUCAAACAGAUGAAAUCCAUUAAACAGCUUCUUCUUUUACCUUUGGCGUUUUGGAUUGGAACGUCCGAAGCCUUUUUGUUCGGUAUUUUUACAAGUAGUUUCAUCACUUGCACAGUCGGACUACCGUAUGUUGGUCUCAUAAUGAUCACAUAUGGUGUAACUGCUUCUGUUUGCAGUGUAAUAGUUGGUUGGCUUGGAAGAUACCGUAUUCGUGUACCAUGUUAUAUUUUAGGUGCCCUUUUAUGUUAUGCAUCUUAUAUAGUAAUGUUUUUAUGGAAACCAGUGCCAUCACAAGUUUAUAUACUCUUUAUACUAGUCGGAAUGAAAGGCAUUGCUAGUGCUAUAUGGGAUCCAAUAGAGGCUGCAUUGUACGGGAGUUUAUUUGAGAAGAAAGAAGAAGCUGCUUAUUCGAAUAUGUGGUUAGGUCAAAAUGUUGAUUAUCUUGUUGUUUACUUAUAUGGAUCAGUGGUUGGCUAUGGUGGGAUACUUUGGCGUAGAAAUUCAACAAUGUAA